AUGGCAGCCUGGUACGACUGCCUCCUCUUGAAGGACAGGACCCUGACAGAUUACGAGAAGGAAAAGCUGGACCGUGUGAACGUGAGAGCCGGCAGCGCCGAAGGUGGCGAUGUGACUAUAGGCCCAACGGACAGUCUCUUCACCAGACCCAUGUAUGUGCCGUUAACGCACUACCACCAUCUCGACGCCCUAUUAGCCAUCAUGGCGUGCUACGUCUCCCGAGAGUGGAAAGUUUGUGCGACUAUCCCAGUGACCCCAGGCCCUGUUGUUAGGAGUUGUUCCCCCCCUCUGUCUGGGACGGGUCAGAGUGACCCCGUCAGGCCCCACUCACUUGUCCCCGACAACUCAGUGCACCCUCGGUGCAAUCACCUGGUGGUGCGGGUCGGAUGGGACCCGAAGGGCCCUGCAGACAGGCAGGGUUCCCCCCACGCGCCUCGUCCCAUUCACGUGGCCACCGUAAGACCCCGUAGAGCUACUAAUUUGUCAGGAAGAAAGAAGAAGAAGAAGAAGAAGGUGCAAGACACGGGAGGCCAGCCGAGCGAGAACCCGAAGACGAAGGAAGAGACAGCGGGCCGCCCUCCGUCCUUCACGACUGGCCACCGGCGGGGGCGUAGAGAGCCUACUAAUAUUGUCAGGAAGAAGAAGAAGAAGAAGAAGAAGAAGAAGAAGAAUAAUAAGAAGAAGAAGAUGAGGAUGAUGAUUCCUCCUGCCUACGGAGCAAGAAAAAGAAGAAGAAGAAAUGAGGACGAUGAUGAGGACGAGGACGACGACGGACGACGAGAGGAAUACGACCCCGCCGAGCGCGAGCCUCCGCCUACGACGCCUCGCAGUCCUGGUUUCAGCGCGGCUCAGGUCCUGGAACAGAUAUCCUCCAGCGUCCACCAAGAAGACAAAGAAGACUACUGCGAUUCCGAAGAGGAGGACGUUUCGGAAGAUGAAGACGGCGAGGAAUACAACCCCGAGCGCGACGCCGACGACUACGAAGACGACGACGACUACUCGCGGUCGUGCUCCUCUUCGGAGGAAGAGCGAGAGGGAGACGCGGCCGCUGCCCGAGUGCGAGACAUCCAGCCAGACAGAGAGCGAGCCAGAGACAGAGACCGAGACAGAGCCAGAGAGCCAGAGCGAGAAAGGGAGACGUUGCUGUCAAAAAACGGCAAAAUCAAAUGGUCCUCCGCGGCCUAUCGCGGCCCGGACCGGCCCCGCGCCGUCCGCAGGCCCGGCCCCGCCGUGACGCCGGGCCCCACGGCCUACGCCGAGUCGCGAGCGAUCGACAUCGCGUCCUCCUUCCGGCUGUUUGUCACACCGGCGAUAGAAAGGAUAAUUGUGGACAUGACGAAUCUGCAGGGGGUGAGAAAAUACGGCGACGGCUGGCGACCCAUGGACUCCACCGACCUGCGCGCCUACGUAGGGCUGCUGAUCCUAGCCGGCGUCUACAGGUCCCGAGGCGAGGCCGCGGCCAGCCUGUGGGACGCCGAGAGCGGCAGGACCGUGUUCCGCGCCACCAUGCCGCUCAAGGUGUUUCACAAGUACUCGAGGCUGCUGCGAUUCGACGACCGCCAGUCGAGACCCGCGAGACUCGCCACCGACAGACUGGCGGCCGUACGAGAGGUGUGGGACCUGUGGGAGGAGAGGCUGCAGGCCCUCUACAACCCGGGGCCCGAAGUGACGGUGGACGAACAACUGGUCCCGUUCAGAGGACGCUGUCCUUUCCGACAGUACAUUCCCAGCAAACCGGCCAAAUACGGCAUCAAGUCGUGGGUGGCCUGCGACGCCAAGUCCAGCUACGCUUGGAAGAUGCAGGUGUACACCGGCAAGGCGGCCGGCGGAGGCCCCGAGAAGAACCAGGGCGCGCGCGUGGUCCUCGAUCUGACCGAGGGACUGCCGGCCGGUCACAACGUCACCUGCGACAAUUUCUUCACCUCCUACGAACUCGGGCAGCGGCUCCUCGAGAGGGACCUCACCAUGGUGGGCACGGUGCGAAAGAACAAGCCCGAGCUCCCUCCCGCGCUGCUCCAGUCCAAGGACAGACAGGUCUCGUCCUCCAGGUUCGCCUUCACGCCCACCGCCACUCUAGUGUCCUACCUGGCAAAGAGAAAUAAGAACGUGCUACUUCUGAGCACGCGGCACGCGGAGCCCGACGUUAGCGAUCGCCGAGACCGGAAGCCGGCCCUCAUCCUAGACUACAACCGCAACAAGGGCGGCGUGGACAACCUAGACAAGGUGGUCGGGACCUACAGCUGCAGACGGAUGACCGCCCGCUGGCCCCUGGUCAUCUUCCACAACAUCCUCGACGUGUCCUCCUACAACGCCUUUGUCAUAUGGCGAGAGAUCAACCCCGACUGGAUGCCUGGGAAGCGGAACAAGAGGAGGGUGUUCCUGGAGCAGCUCGGAAAGGCGCUCGUGAAGCCCUUGAUCCAAAGAAGGCAGCGUCUCCCCGCACCGGCCGCGUCCGCGCUCGUCAAAGUCCUACGGGGCGGCGUGUAUCCGCCGACGAGGCUCGUCCGCAAGCCCCGGAGCGAGCCGCCGGCCCGGCCGCCGCCGCAGUCGCCACCCGGCCGCCCCGCUGGGGGCGAGUAA